ACGAACCCUAAAACCCCCAAACCCACCCAAACCAGCGGACGAGGAAGAAAGCCAGCCCACCACUCCAGCCAUGUGGCGCCGCGCCUCCCACCUCCUCCGCGCCACCGCCACCGCCACCGCCACCGCGGUCUCCCGCCGCGUCCCUCACCCACAUCCCGCCCCCGCAACCGCAAUCUCCACCGUUCUGCCCGCCCCAAAGCUCGCCUCAUCCUUAUCCUACGCCACCCAAGCCGCGGCGGCGGCGGCCGUGCCGGCGGCGAGGGCCCCGAGAACGGUGGGGAGUCUGCUGCGGCUCAACGACCUGAGGGACAAUCCGGGGGCGCGGAAGCAGAAGACCCGGAAGGGCCGAGGGAUCGGCUCCGGGAAGGGCAAGACGGCUGGCCGCGGCCACAAGGGGCAGAAGGCGCGGGGCACCGCCAGAUUCGGCUUCGAGGGCGGCCAGACCCCGCUCCGUCGCCGCCUCCCCCGUCGCGGCUUCAAGAACCGCUUCUCUCUGACGUUUCAGCCAUGUGGUCUGGGGAAAAUUGCAAAGCUCAUCAACGCUGGAAAAAUUGAUUCCUCUGAAUUGAUCACAAUGAAGACACUGAAGGAUACAGGUGCUAUUGGAAAACAAAUAAAGGAUGGAAUUCGACUAAUGGGCCGUGGAGCAGAGGAAAUUAAAUGGCCAAUCCACCUUGAGGUAUCAAGGACAACUGCUAGGGCAAAAGCUGCAGUUGAAGCAGCUGGUGGAACGGUAAGACUGGUGUACUAUAAUAACCUUGGAUUCAGGGCACUUCUCAAGCCCGAGUGGUUUGCAAAGAAAGGCCGACUUUUACCUAAAGCAGCAAGGCCCCCACCCAAGCAACGAGACAAGGUUGAUAGCAUUGGCCGCCUGCCUGCCCCAACAAAGCCGCUUCCCUUCACACCAGAAGAAUUGGAAUUUGCAGCAAAACGUGAAGCUGCUCGAGUGAUUGCGUAGAAGGGAGCAUGAAGAUGCUCCUCUGAACUAGAGUUUUGAAUUGGGCAUGCACAAGAAUCAACUGUCCUUUAUUUGAAGGAUCCCUUGGUAGCAAGUUCGGUAUGUUUGCUUGUCAUUUAGACCAGUAUGUCAUUUUUCUUUACCCGUAGUCACAUCACCAACACGUGAGCCGGACAGCACUGCUAUACCUCUUGAUCUAAAACUCAAAGAUGCUCGUGUCGCGGUCAACAACUGCUGUGAGUCCAGCAUUUGGAUUAUUUUAGAUAUAUAUUUAGUUCUGAUAUCAAUAGUUGUGCAUUAAACAUGAGAAUUUUCGUUUGAAGUUUUGCAUAAAUAAUCGGAUUGUUUGUUGAAUAA